AUGAGUUACGCAAAAAAGGAUGAGGACGCGGACCAUCCCGGCUUCAAGCUGGACCGCACGUCCGUCUUCCAAGAUGCACGACUCUUUAACUCGUCACCCAUAUCCCCUCGAAAAUGCCGGACUCUCCUCACCAAGAUUGCUGUCCUUCUUUUCACCGGCGAGAAAUUCCCUACCAACGAAGCCACCACCCUCUUCUUCGGUAUCUCCAAGCUGUUCCAGAACAAAGACCCCUCGCUCCGACAGAUGGUCUACUUGAUCGUGAAAGAGCUGGCCUCCUCGGCUGAGGAUAUCAUCAUGUUCACAGCCAUCAUUCAGCGAGAUCUUACAGUUACUAGCGACAUCAUCUACAAGGCUAAUGCCAUACGUUCGUUAUGCCGCAUUAUUGACGCUUCCAGCGUGCAGGGCAUGGAACGUUUGAUCAAAACUGCUAUUGUGGACAAGUCACCCGCUGUCUCGUCUGCUGCACUUGUUUCUUCCUACCACCUCCUCCCCAUGGCUCGAGAUGUUGUGCGGAGAUGGCAGUCAGAAACCCAAGAAGCCGCCGGUUCCUCAAAGUCGGGCGGCGGGUUCCUGAGCUUUGGCGGUAGCUCUCAGACCCUAGCCGCCUCGAACACGAACUACAUGAACCAAUAUCACGCCAUAGGCCUACUCUAUCAGAUGCGAUCGCACGACCGAAUGGCCCUCCAAAAAAUGGUCCAGCAGUACGGCGCUGCUGGUGCAGUCAAGAGUCCUGCAGGGGUCAUGAUGCUAGUCAGACUGGCUGCCAAACUGGCUGAAGAGGACCCGAACAUGCGGAAACCGAUGAUGCAGAUGCUCGAUAGCUGGCUCCGGCACAAGAGUGAAAUGGUCAACUUCGAAGCUGCAAAAGCCAUUUGCAACAUGCCUGAUGUUACCGACGCGGAGGCCAGUCAGGCCAUCCAUGUGCUACAAUUGUUCCUCACGUCACCCCGCGCCAUCACCAAGUUCGCAGCAAUCCGCAUCCUGCAUUCAUUCGCAUCAUUCAAGCCGCAGGCUGUGCAUUCAGCCAAUCCAGACAUUGAAGCUUUGAUCUCCAACAGCAACAGGUCGAUCGCCACCUUCGCCAUCACAACGCUCCUCAAGACCGGCAACGAAGCUAGUGUGGACCGUUUGAUGAAACAAAUCUCUGGCUUCAUGACCGAGAUCACGGACGAGUUCAAGAUUACUAUCGUCGAGGCGAUCCGAACGCUCUGCAUGAAGUUCCCUAGCAAGCAGGCUGGUAUGUUGACUUUUCUCAGCGGUAUUCUUCGGGAUGAGGGAGGGUACGACUUCAAGCGCGCCGUUGUCGAAAGUAUGUUCGAUCUCAUCAAAUUCGUCCCUGGGAGUAAGGAGGAGACUCUGUCGCACCUUUGUGAGUUCAUUGAAGACUGCGAGUUCACCAAGCUGGCUGUCAGAAUCCUGCAUCUUAUCGGCGUCGAGGGUCCAAAGACGCCUCAGCCAACGAAGUACAUCCGAUACAUCUACAACAGAGUUGUACUGGAAAAUGCUCUGGUCCGGGCCGCUGCCGUAACAGCCUUGGCGAAGUUCGGUGUUGGCCAGAAAGAUCCCGAAGUGAAAGCGAGUGUAAAAGUGCUGCUGACGAGAUGCCUGGACGAUACCGACGACGAAGUCAGAGAUCGUGCUGCACUGAAUCUCCGGCUGAUGGACGAGGAGGAUGACAUCGCGGAACGUUUCAUCAAAAAUGACUCCAUGUUUUCCCUUUCGACGUUUGAACACAAGCUCGUCAUGUACGUCACAUCAACCGACAAGGCUACAUUCAGCACAGCCUUCGAUGUCUCUAGUGUGCCUGUGGUAUCCCAUGAGCAGGCUUUGGCAGAAGAGCGGACCAAGAAGUUGACAACUGCCACACCUACAUUGAAAGCACCUUCGACGGGACCGACAAAGCCAAAGAUUAAUGGCGCGGCGGAAGCUCCCGCGGCGUCAGCGGCUGCCGCACAAAAGUACACCGAAAUAUUCAGCCGCAUUCCAGAGCUGAAAGCUUACGGCGACGUGCUCAAAUCUUCGCCUGUAGUCGAGCUGACGGAGAGCGAAACCGAGUACGUGGUCUCUGCUGUCAAGCACAUCUUGAAAGACCACAUCGUCCUUCAGUACGAUAUCAAAAAUACCAUUGAAGGAUUCGUUCUGGAUAACGUCACUGUACUUGUUGGCCAAUCCGACGACGACGAGCCUGCUCUUGAGGAAGAGUUCAUAAUACCUGCUCCGCGACUCAAGACGAACGAGCCAGGCGUGGUAUAUGUGGCCUUCAAAAAGGUCGAGGGCACGCUGUUCCCUACCACAACGCUAUCGAACAGUCUCAAAUUCACCAACAAGGAGAUCGAUCCAACGACGAACGAGCCAGAAGAUACAGGCUACGAUGAUGAGUAUGAAAUUGAGAACCUAGAGUUGUCGGGCGCCGAUUUCGUGACUCCAGCGUUUGCAGGCAACUUUGACCACAUCUGGGAAGGAACAGGCGCCAAUGGCGAAGAAGUGAGCGAGACUUUGGCUCUAAGCAAUCUGAAGAGUCUGGCUGAUGCCGCUGAGCAACUACCAAGCACUCUGUCCCUUCAGCCACUGGAAGGCACAGAUGUGGUGCUCUCGAAUACAACACACACACUCAAGUUGUAUGGUAAGAGUGUUACAGGUGGACGAGUGGCUGCGCUGGUGAAGAUGGCCUUCAGCAAACAGAGUGGUGUCACUGUUAAAGUGAGCUUGCGAAGUGAUGAGGAGGGGCUGGCGAUGAGCGUACUUCAGGCGUUGGCAUAG